AUGGAGCCUAGCGAGGAGCAAAUCUCAAAGACCAUGACGUCGGAACCUAGUGGGGAGCGAAUUUCAGAGACUAUCAUUUCCGAACCUUCUGAGGAAUGGAUAUCAGAUAUCACCUCAGAGCUUUCCUCAGAACCAAUAUCGGAAAUCAUCAUCUCUGAGCCUUCUGAAGAACCCACAUCAGUCAUUAUUACUUUGGAGCUCUCGAUUCCAACUAUCUCAAGCAUUGCCAUUCUCACUUCGCCUCCAUCUAGCGAAGGCAUAUCAAGUCCGAGGAUAACCGUGGUUUCCGAAAUACCUACUCUCAUGACCCCUCCUCCACCGACAGCUAAGUCACCGUCGCUAGCCAAAACCGAUGGUUCAUAUGAGUCCAGCAUCUUACGUCCAUCCCCAUCACUGCAUUCGGCUGCCCUUCCGGAGCUGGACCUGUCUCUCGAGACAUCUUUCCUGCAGCCUUCCGAAUCCUUUGUGCCUCUUCCACGAGGUCCUCAAUGGACUGUUGAGUGUUUGCCAUCGUCGCCCACAUCUCUCCGUGAUAAUAGCUCGAUAACACCUCCUGUAAUUCUUGCAGAAAUCCCAACAGUUCCAUCGUCUGUCCAGGUCCAAGCUCUGCUAUCAGCAAGCAAUUUACCUUCUAUCCGGUCACAGCUUGAAACCAUUGAGGUGGCAACCAUUGAGGAAGAAGAACUCUCCAAUCAGACGGACCGUCAAGGCAGGCGGGUUGAUGAACAUCUCCGGAAGAUAGAGGAUGACAUAAUGGAGCUUGCCGAUCUGCUUCGAAGGAAAGAAGAGCCUCGUCCCAGGAAGGUUCCACCUCCACCCCCAGAACCCGUGGUGGAACCUGUGGUCUCCCUUGUCCUUUGUUUCAAGUAUUUCAUUUUUAUCUUCCCACUACUCGGAUGUCAGUCUGCUCGAUCCCCCAGCUCUCCCUCAUUGGCAAGUACUCCUGUUUCGUCUCCCCCUAGUUCUGAAAUAUCAGAAUCUACCAUACCAUCCUCUCCUACCUCCACUGCCACCACCGCUACUGCUUGUCCUCAAGUCGAUCUUACUGCACUUCGGGACAUGUUAUCUACAUUACAGCAGCAAAGCGCUAAUCUCCUUGAGGACCAGCUGGAAACAAGGGUGCUUCUUCAAGAACUGUAUGACCGGCCACCGCCAACACAGCUGGAGAUUAGACCGCCUUCAGUUCGUAAUGAGGCACAGGAGGCUGCGUCACAGAAAGGGAUUACAGACUUGCUUCAUCGGAUUCUUAAUGCCCAUGGUAUCAUUUCUGAUAUGCAGGACCGAGAAGUUGCGCCCCUGCAGCUCCACCUGCCCAACCUCCCUUGGAGGAGAGUAGCAACGAGUGGGCUGAUAUCCCAUCGUUACAGUACGGCAUCUCGUGCACCUAUAGAUCUCUUGCUGAAGCUGAGCCAGAGGGGCGAGGCUGCUGUUGAGCCUCCAACUAUUACCAUACCCACCCCAGUAACAGUAGUGGAGGGUUCCUCCUUUGUCCCAGAGGGCAUGCAAUGCAAGUCCAUGAGCACUGUAGAGCAGAUGCCGACAGGAGAGGACGUUUCCAGUGUCGCAGAUCGCCUGCCCUUCCUCCAGGGCCCAAGGGAUCGGCCUGUUCAAGAAGGCUCUCCAUGCUGA